AUGUAUGAAAACCUGAUUCCACAGGCUACGGCUUUCUGGUCACACAUCGUGUCGACCUACUCCCCACAGCGAAUUGAAUUCGUCGGAACGCUGCUGAUCCAAGUUGUUUCGUUCUGGCUUCCAUCGCUAUUCUAUCUAUCCUUGGACACGCUUGCGCCGGCAUUUUCCCAGAAACAUAAGAUCCAGCCCGCGCCUAAACAGCCGACUCGUCGUGACAUACUGCAUUGCUUCUGGGUUGUUACGCAGAAUCAAAUUCUCUCCAGUGUGCUGCAUAUCUCGCUCAUAAAUAUCACCUCUCAUUUCGGAUCACAGCCAUCUUACCGGGUCGAAGCAUCCCUGCCACCCGCCCUCGAAUUUGCUCGGGAUUUCAUACUGAGUCUUCUUAUGCGCGAAGCACUUUUUUAUUACGGCCAUCGCCUGCUGCAUGUUCCAUAUCUCUACAAGUUGAUCCACAAAAAGCAUCAUCGCUUUACGGCACCCAUCGCCUUGGCAGCCCAAUAUGCCCAUCCGAUUGAACAGAUCUUCGCGAACGCAUUGCCCAUCUCUCUGCCCCCGCAGAUCUUGCAUAGCCACGUAUGUACAGUCCUGAAGUGCACUCCACUCUAG